AUGCGUUUCCACGUCGCCCUCAGCGCCCUUCUCGGCCUCGCCUCAGUCGGCGCCGCUACAAACGCUCCUUACAACGAACAUGGUGUUGAGGCAAGAGACACUCGAUUGGUUGGCAGAAGCAGCCUUUUCAGCAGAGUUACCUGCGCCUCAGGUUACGAAUACUACGGCUACGAAUGCGUGCCGAAAUGCCCUCCUUGCGCUCCUCGCGCCGGCAACGGGGUUUGCACUUGCCCCAACAACCAGGACUUAGUUGGAAGCGAGUGUAAGCCCAAGUGCCCGACUGCCGCUCCUCGCGGAAGCAAUGGAAUCUGCACCUGCCCGAACAAUGGAGAUCUUGUUGGAACCGAGUGUAAGCCCAAGUGCCCUGCUUGUGCUCCUCGAGCCAGUAACGGCGUUUGCACCUGCCCUAACAACGGAGAUCUUGUCGGAACUGUGUGCAAGCCCAAGUGCCCUACUGCUGCUCCUCGGGCCAGCAAUGGGGUUUGCACUUGUCCUAACAAUGGAGAGCUCGUUGGAACCGAGUGCAAGCCCAAAUGCCCUGCUUGUGCCCCUCGUGCGAGCAAUGGAGUUUGCACCUGCCCCAAUAACGGAGAUCUCGUUGGCAAUGAAUGCAAGCCCAAGUGCCCAACUGCCGCCCCUCGUGGCAGCAACGGACUUUGCACCUGCCCUGGUGGAAAGGAUCUUGUGGGCACUGAGUGUGUAGACAAGUGCCCAGCUUGUGCUCCCCGAGCCAGCAACGGCGUCUGCACCUGCCCUAACAACCAGGACCUUGUCGGAAACCAGUGCGUGCCUAAGUGCCCAACUGCUGCUCCUCGUGUCAACGGCGUCUGCACCUGCCCCAAUGGAAAGGAUCUCGUUGGCACUGCAUGUGUGGACAAGUGCCCGGCUUGUGCCCCUCGUGGUGACAACGGUGUCUGCACCUGCCCCAAUAACCAGGACCUUGUUGGUAGCCAAUGCGUGCCCAAGUGCCCAGCUGCCGCUCCUCGCGUCAACGGCGUCUGCACCUGCCCCAACGGCAAGGAGCUUGUAGGAAGCGACUGCCUGGAUAAAUGCCCUUCUUGUGCUCCCCGCGUCAACGGCGUUUGCACCUGCCCUAACAACCAAGAUCUCGUUGGAAGCCAAUGCGUGCCCAAGUGCCCUGCUUGUGCCCCUCGCGCCGACAAUGGAGUCUGCACCUGCCCUAACAACGGGGAGCUUGUUGGAAAUCAGUGCAAGCCCAAGUGCGGUGCCAAUGCCGUCCGAGGCAAUGAUGGCAACUGCAAGUGCAUCAACAGGGGCCAGGUUCUGAACUCUGCGGAUAACAGCUGUGCCUGCCCCUAUGGCCAGGAUUUCGUCAACAACUGCUGCAAGGUCUCCUGUGGCUCGGUCGCUACGUACAACCCAAGGAAGUACAAGUGCGAGUGCCCCGGAACAGGCCAGAUCUUCGACGCCGGCUCCAAGACCUGUGGUUGCCCGACCGGCCAGAACAUGGUCAACAACUGCUGCACCGUCGACUGCGGCAGUGACGCCACAUACAACUCAUGGCAGCAGAAGUGUGUUUGCUCGAAGCGCGGCCAGAUCUUCGACUCCGACACCAAGACCUGUGGUUGUCCUACUGGACAGGAGUGGGCUCGACAGGGUGGCUGCUGCCAGUCUAGCAACCCUGGCCAGUCUAGCCAGCGUAACCGUGGCAAGUGGUGGUGGUAA